CUGCAGCAGAGAGGGGCUGCGUGACGUCAGCAAACGCUGGAUCGGUCUCUUGGCUGAAUCGGGAAAAUGGGAUUAUGAUUGCGAGGACCUCAUGAAGGAAAAGCCAAAAUGAUGAAGACCAGGUGAAUGUUGGCACCAUGUAUGGUCAUGUGACUGAGUUGCAGGGCGCUACGGAUGCACAAGCAAUAUCACUUCGACCUGCAGACUUCCCAUCGUAGGCUUUCUGCCGUGUGCCACCAUGAGACAAUCUGCCAGGUGCCUGACCUCUGUGCCCUCACAGUGGCGCGACCGUUGUGUUGCGUGAGCGCCCCCAUCUUCUCCGGCAGUUACUGCACGGAAUGGCCUCUCUGGACCUUCCCUACCGCUGUCCUCGCUGCGGGGAGCACAAGCGUUUCCGAAGCCUGUCAUCCCUGCGCGCCCACUUGGAGUAUAACCACACGUACGAGACCCUCUACGUCCUUUCUAAAUCCAACAGUGUGUGUGACGCUGCAGCUCUACUCCCCCUAGUGGCAGAGGGAGCUCUCCUGACACCUGCCAACAACAACGAUCCCUUUGAACCGCUGCGACCUUCUGCUUUAAAGGAGCGGCACUUCCCUUGCCGUGAGCUUCCUUGUGCAGACGACCUAAGUCUGACCCCGGCUAACUCCAGCACUGCUGCUCGAUACAUCCCCAAUGUGGAGUUUCCCUUGGGGGAGAUCUUUAUGAAGACAGCCAUGACAUCCACAGACCCGCAUGGAAACCCGAACACAGCUGUAGCAGUGUCAGCUAAUGUAGCAGCAAGCGCAGUGGAGGCGGCCUACGAGGAAGGGUUGGCCAGGCUAAAGGCGCGGGCGUUUGAACGGCUGGAGCUGGAUGAGCGAUUGGAGAAGCUGUCUGAAGAGGUGGAGCAGAAAAUAGCGGCCCGUGUUGGCCGGCUGCAGGCCGAACUGGAGAGGAAGAGCUCAGAACUGGAACGGGCCAAGCAGGAGAGCGAGCGGCUGAGCCAGGAGAAGCAAGAUCUGGAAGACAAAGCCUCAGAGCUGUCUCGACAGGUGGAUGUCUCUGUGGAAAUGUUGGCUACUCUCAAACAGGACCUGGUGAACAAAGAGGCUGAACUCACACAUAAACAACAAGAGGUUGCCCAGAUUGACCAAUUCCUUCAGGAGACGGCGGCACGUGAGGCCAAUGCUAAAGUGCGUCUUCAGCAGUUUAUUGAGGAGCUUCUGGACCGAGCCGACCGUGCUGAGAAGCAGCUGCAGAUCAUCAGCAGCUGUGGAACCACACCAAAUGGGAGUCUGGGACGCUGCAGCCUGCAGGCCUCAAAGGGCAAUGGAUGCCAGAGACACUCCAGCAUUUCUGGGAGUACAAGGGGCAUGUACCAAGUGUCAGAGCGACGCUCCUCUCCCAGCACAGGUGCGUCAGGACGUGUCAAGUCUGUGUCGCAGGGUUCUGGCGGUUACGACAGUGACAGCGUUGAGAUUCAUCCCAUGGAAGACUGUCCCGAGGCUCAGUACUACCACAUGCAAUGUCGACUAGCUGAGGGGGGUUAUGAGCGUUCUCCUGGAUGUGGUGGCGGUGCCUCAAGGAAUUGGGGGCUCCGUAAACAGGCUAUCCAGAACUGGCAGCGGCGACCAUACCGGAAUAGUACCGAAGGCGAGGAAGGAGACGUGUCCGACGUGGGUUCCCGAACAACCGAAUCAGAAGUGGAGAUGUGGGAGCAAGAGAGGAGAGCUGUAGCUGAAGUCCAGCAGUCUGCUGCCCCUUAUCCUCACCACGGCCGUGCCGGCUACCGCCCCAAUACAGGUCGCUCUGAUGGGGUUUACAACAAGCCGUGCCGACAUGAGAAGAGCCCUUCUAAAUCCAACGAGGUGAUCAGCCCAGAGAUCCUGAAGAUGCGUGCAGCUCUCUUCUGUAUCUUCACCUACCUAGACACUAAAACCUUACUGAAAGCUGCUGAGGUCUGUCGGGACUGGAAAUUUGUGGCCCGUCACCCAGCUGUCUGGACCAGAGUGCUGCUUGAGAAUGCUCGCAUUUCUUCCAAGUUCCUGAGUACGCUGUCUCAGUGGUGCACCCAGACACAUUCUCUCAUCCUGCAAAACCUCAAACCACGACAGAGAGGCAAGAAGGAGACCAAAGAUGACUACCUUAAAAGCACACGUGGCUGCCUGGAAGAGGGUCUGGAGGCAUUGCUAAAGGCAACAGGCAGUAAUCUCCUCAUAUUGAAGGUGUCACACUGUCCCAACCUGCUGACUGACCGCUCCCUGUGGCUGGCCAGCUGCUACUGCAGAGCCCUGCAGGCUGUAACCUACAGGAGUGCCACAGACCCAGUUGGACAAGAAGUGAUCUGGGCCCUUGGAGCAGGUUGUAGAGAUAUUAUCUCCCUACAGGUGGCGCCACUACAUCCAUGUCAACAACCUGCUCGCUUCAGUAAUCGGUGCCUACAGACCAUAGGAAGAUGCUGGCCGCACCUUCGUGCUCUUGGUGUGGGUGGGGCCGGGUGUGGCAUUCAAGGACUGGCCUCACUCGCGAGGAACUGCAUGCGGCUGCAGGUGCUGGAGUUGGAUCAUGUGAGUGAAAUCAACCAAGAGGUGGCAGCAGAGGUUUGCAGAGAAGGCCUGAAGGGCCUGGAGAUGCUGGUCCUCACCUCCACGCCAGUCACCCCAAAAGCCCUGCUGCACUUCAACAGUGUUUGCCGCAACCUGAAAUCCAUUGUGGUUCAGAUUGGUAUAGAAGACUACUUUGAAGACCCCAACAGUCCUGAAGCUCGGAAAUUGUUUGAUGAGAUGGUUAACAAGCUGCAGGCUCUGAAGAAGAGACCGGGUUUCUCCAAAAUUCUUCACGUGAAAGCUGAUGGUCUCUGCUAACAUCUUUUGUGUGGACGUCUUCUGCAGAAGCAACAUCUCGGUUCCUGUCAGUCAUAAAGAUGCAACAGUUUUAAACAAACACCAUGGAGUGGAACUGGUCUGCUGCACAAACACAAAGAGUGGGUGACCGCCUUGAUGAAACAGGACGCUAGCUGCACUACCAAGGCUCAGCGUUCGGGCUUCGCAAAUGCAAACUUGAAAAAGUAAAACAUUUACUCUUCCACUUAGUCUCCUUCAUAAUGAUUGUGACAGAAGUCCAGUUGACUUCCUCAGACUGUACUGACAAAGUAAAGGCCUGCAUUAAUCUUUACAAGAAACCCAACAAAACUGUUGGAUUCCUCAUUCUCAGACGUUUUCCUUUCAGCAUUUAGUGGAUUAUCACCUUGCAGAGUCAGAUCAUAUAAAAAAAACCCUGGAGCCAAGUGACAAUGCUGCAUUAAACUUGACGUCUACCUGAGGCCACUUUCAACAACACUUUCAUCAGAUGAUACGCAAGUACAUCACAUCAUUGAGAAAUGUAUUUUUUUAAUAGGAAGUCUCAAGUUCUUGUGUUCAGCAGUUUUGAGAUAGAGCCUUUACGGUUGCCUUUGCACCCGUGCAGUCAUGACGAUUGAUGAGUUAGUCAUUCUCAGUUCCCCACUUUCAAAAAAAGAAUUAGAAGUCUGAUCGUGCUGCCGACCUGUCUCAUUUAUUUUAUCCCCGAAUGAGGCAAGAAUCACAUUGACACAGUUGGAGUCAGUGUCUGUCCUCAUUCCAAUGAACGACUUCUCCAUUGUGCCGUUAGAGAAAAAGCACCAAAACAUGAAUAUGUCAGUCACAUAUGGAGUUUGAGUCAAUCUUAUUAAAAGUCCUUGAGGUAUAUACAGGUACGUUCCAGUUCUAUAUAUGUGUAUAUGAGGGAAGAUCCGUCUCUACAGGGCCAAUCACAGGGCUUGUCAUGGUUGAACAUCCUGGUCUCAUUAUUUUUCAGCAGAGAUCCUCUAGCUCCCCCUGCUGGUAAUCAUGGCACUGCAAAAAUUCCUGCAGAUGUGAUUUGACACUUUGAAGCAUGGAACAAGUAUCACCAAGUAACCAAGUCUUCAGUACCACCAUCAAAUUUACAAUUUGAUUUGGUGUAAUUCUUAAUAAAAUGUGACUGUCUUUGCACAAAAAGUUAAACUGUAUUUGUAGCAAUACGUACUGAGGCACACUCCCUUUUUUCUGCAGAU